UGUAGCCACUGGUGGUGGGCUGCUGGGCCGUGUAGCCACUGGUGGUGGGCUGCUGGUGGGCAAGGCGAGAAUCGGGACCGAGGCCUUCUGCACGGUUGCAGGCCGCGUGGGGUGGCUCAGCGGAUGUGGCUGGCCAUGGCGAUACCAUUUGCGCUCUAA